CGGCUGUGGACAGUGCGCAUGCGCCGCAACGGUUUGUAAGGGGGUACUUCGGCUGCAUUCGGUUCUUCCCGGCUACAUUCGGCAUUUUCCGUCCCUUUUCAUCCUCUUUCGGCUCUUUCCGCCUCCCCUCGGCCCUCUCAGUGUCUUCUCGGCUCUCUCCGCCUUCUCUCGAGUCUCUCCGCUUGCCCUCGGCUCUUUCCGCCUUUCUUCGGCCCUUUCCGCCUGCCCUCGGCUCUCUCCGCCGCCUCCCUCAGCGCCGCCGCUGCCAUGGCCGGCGGCCGCCGCUCGCCGCCCGCUCCGUGCUGCCCGGGCCGGGCGGCCGUGCCCUCUCCGUGCUGCCAGGGCCGCGUGGCCGUGCCCAGCGUGCACCAGAGCCUGUCCGAGAUGGACUUCGAGCGGGGGAUCUGGGCGGCGGCGCGGGACGGGGACGAGGCGCGGGUGCUGCAGCUGCUGGAGCGGCGAGGGGACCCCGCGGAGCCCGACCUGGCGGGGUACACGGCACUGCACUACGCCAGCCGGAACGGGCACCUGGCCGUGUGCCGGCUGCUGCUGGAGCGCGGCGCGCCCUGCGAUGCCCGCACGCCCGGCGGGGCCACGCCGCUGCACCGCGCCUGCUACUGCGGGCACCGCGCCGUCACCGAGCUGCUGCUGGCGCACGGCGCCGACCCCGCCGCCGCCGACAGCGACGGCAGGACCGGCCUGCACAAGGCCGCCGAGCAGGGGCACCGCGAGCUCUGCGCCCUCCUCCUGCGCCAGCGCCCGGCGCUCGCCGCGCUCCGCGAUGCCAGGGGCCGCAGCCCGCGGGACGGGGCGCACCCGGCCGUGCGGGACCUGCUGGACGGCUGAGGGAGGCGGGGGCGCAGCCGGGCCCGGCGCUGCCGCGCUCCCGGUGCCCGGCCCGGUGCCGCCGCCGCCACUUCCGUGUUCAGCCCCACGCCCCGCCCUCUCAGCCAAUCACCUCCCGCCUUUCUCCUAUAGCUCCGCCUCCCCCUCCGUGCAGCCAAUCACGCGCGGUGCCUUUAGGGGGCGGGGCUUCGCGGUGUAAACAGCCCCCGCGGGUGGGGGGGGGAAUUUAAAGGCGCCGCGUCCUUUUUUAACCGGGCCCCUCCCCCGGUAACCGGGACCCCCCGCGCGGCACCGAGCACACCCAGGUACAGAUAUAGAAUUUUUAUUAACCCUUCUGACAAAAAAAACCCAAAAAAGAGCCCUCCGUGAAAUAACAAUUCCACGGUCGGUUUCACAAGCGGGGCGUGGGGGGAGGGGCAGAACCGGGAGGGGGAGGCCCGGCCCCCCCCGCCCCUCCCCCACCCCCCCGCGGCCCGAGCUCCCCAAAAGUACAAAUCAAACCUGAACAAUAAAUAGGAAUUCCCCGGGGGGGAAAGGAGGGGUUUGCAUAGAGGAAGAUUUAAUAAAAAAGGUUUUUUUCUUUUU